AUCAUCGAAUUCCCUAUCCUGAAGCUGAAUGGCAGGACGAUGGAGAUCGAAUCCACCUUUCACAUCUGACUGGGAUUAUUCAAGGCAUGGUGGAUGGGCAGCCAAGCCUCCAGCAAGUGCUUGAGAGGGUUGACGAGUGGAUGGCGAAGGAAGGCCUCUUAGAUCCCAGCGUCAAGUCCAUUUUUGUGACCUGUGGAGACUGGGAUUUGAAAGUGAUGUUACCAGGACAAUGCCAGUACUUAGGGCUGCCGGUUGCUGAUUACUUCAAACAGUGGAUUAAUCUGAAAAAGGCGUACAGCUUUGCCAUGGGGAGUUGGCCAAAGAACGGGCUCUUAGACAUGAACAAAGGACUGAACCUACAGCACAUAGGGAGGCCUCACAGCGGGAUAGAUGACUGUAAGAACAUCGCCAACAUCAUGAAGACACUGGCCCAUAGAGGCUUCAUCUUCAAGCAGACCUCCAAACCCUUUUGAUCCCCAAGGCAAGCCAGGCAAGGGCUGCAUGCGCCCGGCGCCGGCGAGGCGGGGGAGGACGGGCUCCAGCGUUAAAAAAAGUAAUCAUAAAUAAUUACGGCGACUGAGGCCCAGAGGAACCGACACAAAACACACACACACACACACACACACACACACAAAAUAAUUAAGAAAACAAAAAAAAAAAGAAAGAAAGGAAAAAAAAGAAGUCAAUUUCAGCUGUUAACUCCAGUAGAGGUUGUAUAUAUGGGAAGGCAAAUCUGUGUAGACCUGAUGUGACUCCCUCUCCGGGCUGCUCCGGACAUUAUGCCAUGCUAGCGGACAGCCGCGUAGGGCGCUUGCACCACAUUUUAGACUCGUAGUUUGUUCUUUUUCUUUGGCUCCCUGAUUUCCCGUGUCCCUCCUUCCCCCCCCCCAGCCCUCAUCCCUCCCUCUCCUGCCCUGUAGCCAGAGCAUCCCUCAUCUCCUCCCCGGCAUGGGCCGUCCCCGCCUUCCCUUCUUCUUCUUCUUUCUUUUCUCUGGUUUUAUGUUUUUAGGCCUCGACGGCUGCUGCAGCGAGGCUGGCACGUUGCCGGCGCCUGGGCAGCGCUCACGGAGGCUCAGCAGUGUCGAGACGGCCCCUCGCCCUCCCCGCCAGCCCCCUCCGCCUCUCCCCCCAGCGCCUUUUCCCCUUUUUUGAGUCAAACACUAACCCCUCUCUGACUCCUGUAUGUGACAAACGCAAUCCGUCUCUUUAUGUUCAAGGUGAAGUGCCUGUAUUCUCCGCUGCAGAGCCCCUGGCAGCCCCAGCGCGGGCUGCGGGGCCCCCGAGGGCUCCCUUCAGCGGGGUGGGGGCCCGGCGGGCGGGCGGGCGGCAGGAGGGAGGUGACAGCGUCCGUGCGGAGCCCCGUCCGUCCCCGUCCCGUCUGCUCGUGCCUCAUGCGGGGCUGGGUGGGCUGCCCAGCCCUGCCCCGGCCCCCCGGUUCUAGCUCCCGUGGGGACAGGCCGGCCCGCAGCCCCGCGUCCGUUGCCGGCGGUGGACGUGCCAGCGCGCGCUGGCCCCCCCGGCCCACAGGAACCCAAGCAGGGGAGCUGCAAAACGCCCCAGGCCCCUGCCCCCAGCUCCCCUCCGGCCCCGUCCGGCUGAGGCUCGGCCGCCCGGGCGCCCGCGGGCCGUGUGCCGGGCCGUGUGCCGGGCCGUGCCCCUCGCAGGUCCCCGCGGACGCUCAGCAGCAGCUGGCUUGUUGCCUGAGAGAGUUGCCGAGCACAUCCCCUCCGGCUGGGUGGGCAGUUGGGGGGCAGCCGUGGGGCGGGCUGAGGGCACACGUGUCCCACCCCCCCCCACAGAGUCACCCGGCCCCAGGGCCCUGCUGAAUGGAGCCCUGGUCCGGGCGCUGACCUGCAGGGAGGCUGCAGCCCGGGCCCGUGCGUGCAUGGCCUGGAGCGAAGCCGGUGACGGCAGCCAGAAGGGCAAUACAGGCACUGAACUUGGCGGUACAUGACUGCAUGGUGUGUGGUGUUCCAGUUAAACCAACCGAUAAUGCAAACCCAGCAUUUUCAUUGUCUAGUUAUUCCAAUCCUUGCUGUAAAUGUGCCACAUGAAUAAAGUUUGGGGGUAAAGGAGCCCGGGCUGU